GUGAAUAUCCUGCCCCAGCUCCUACUAGCCGCCCCAGGGCAAGAUCUCCGACCACGUGUGAAUGCCUGGAGGGACACUUCCUUGAGACGACUGCCAGCUGCAAGGAGUCGUACUGGCAUCCAAACGGAUUCAGGCACUGGCCGAGGUUUUCAAGUGCCUCGCCCGUCGCCCUAACCAGCCCCCACACGCCCCGAGGCCUGCUAGCGGGCCUAGGACUGCAGGCGGGACUGGGCGGUGCGCAUAGCCGGCCAGCUAUAGGCUGCGGCGCUUGGCGGGAGGGGGUGUGGCCAGACCAACCCACCUCCUCCCCACGCGCAACCGGAGCAUAUAGGGUGCCAGACAGGGGGCGAACUCUGCUUUUGCAGCUAGACUUUCCUUGUUUUGCCACCCGUCCUAGGCCGGUUCAGGACCCAAGCUCGCAGGGUUGCUUCCAGCCUGGGAGUUUUGGCGACGAAUUUCUGGCACUGCACUCAGCAAGCCAGACUCCUGCGGGGAGGAGGGCGGGAGUCACCUAAGGAGACGUUGGGAGAGAGAGCGGAGGGGCAGCCCUAGUGUUUUGUUGUGCUAGUCUUUACCAAAGGAGCUUGGUGCUUGGGUAUCAGAGGCAUGAAUUACGCACGGUUCCUCACCGCUAGAAGCGCAGCAAGAAGGCCUUCUCCUAUCCGAGUCUUGAGUGAGAUAAUGCUGAGGUCACCAAAAUCAGUCAUCUCCUUGGCUACUGGAUCACCAAAUCCGAACAUGUUUCCCUUUAAGACUGCUGUUAUCACCACAGACGAUGGAAAGGUCAUCCAAUUUGAUGAAGAGAUAAUGAAGAAAGCACUUCAGUAUUCUCAAACUGCUGGAAUCCCAGAGCUGUUGUCCUGGCUAACACAGUUACAGUUAAGACUGCAUAAUCCUCCCACCCUCCAUCGCCCAUCUAGCCAAGAAGAAAUGGACAUAUGUGUCACAACUGGCAGCCAAGAUGGUCUUUGUAAGGUGUUUGAAAUGCUCAUUAAUAGUGGAGAUAAUAUCCUCCUAAAUGAACCUGUUUAUUCAGGAACACUUGAAGCUCUACAACCACUCGGCUGCAACCUUAUUAAUGUUCCCAGUGAUGAAUAUGGGAUUAUUCCAGAAUCCCUCAAAGAAAUACUUUCCAGAUGGAAACCAGAAGAUUCAAAGAACCCCAAGAAAAACACCCCCAAAUUUCUUUAUACUGUCCCAAAUGGCAACAACCCUACUGGAAACUCACUAACAAUUAACCGCAAAAAGGAAAUCUAUGAGCUCGCAAGAAAAUAUGAUUUCCUCAUAAUAGAAGAUGAUCCGUACUAUUUUCUCCAGUUCAACAAGCCCUGGAUACCGUCAUUUCUUUCCAUGGACAUUGAUGGGCGAGUCAUCAGAUCUGACUCUUUUUCAAAAGUCCUGUCUGCUGGGUUGAGAAUAGGGUUUAUAUCUGGUCCAAAACCCUUGAUAGAAAGAGUUGUUUUACACACACAAGUCUCAACAUUGCACACCAGCACUUUUACACAGCUUAUGAUAUUUCAGCUUCUUCACCAAUGGGGACAAGAGGGCUUUCUGGCUCAUGUAGACAGGGUUACCGACUACUACAGGAAGCAGAAGGAUGCAAUCCUGGCCGCUGCAGAUAAGUGGUUAAGUGGUUUGGCAGAGUGGUAUGUUCCUACUGCUGGAAUGUUUCUGUGGAUUAAAAUUAAGGGCCUUAAGGAUGCCAAAAAACUGAUUGAAGAAAAAGCCAUUAAGAAAGAGAUACUAAUGGUUCCUGGAAAUGCUUUCUACAUUGAUAACUCAGCUCCUAGCCCUUACUUCAGAGCAUCCUUCUCUUUGGCUUCUCCAGAACAAAUGGAUAUGGCCUUCCAGAGAUUAGCACAACUUAUAAAAGAAUCUUUAUGAAGACAUCAGACUCUUUGUAGUUCUCACGGAUUUUUUGGAUAAAUUAUUCUGUGUUUUAACAGCAAAAGAUGAUCAUUAGUGUUAGACUUACAGAUUGGGUUGCAUCAAACAUGUCAUAUCUGUAGUAAUUUAACUGGACAACUUUUAAAGUGCCCUUAAAUCCACCAGAUUGCCAAAACAUAUUUAUAAUCCACAUACCUUUUGAUAAACUUUCAACCUGCAAAAAAAUGGUUUUUGUGAAUUUUAUUGUAAAGAACUCUGCAGCUGUUCUGUAAUUUCCCAUAAAUUUUCUUUGAAACUAACAAUUACAGGAAAUUAUUUUGACAAUGUAAGAAAAUAAGUCUAAGAUGAUAUACAAUGUAAACUUUCUCUAUUUUUUAAAAAAAUUUCAUGAAAACUUGUUGCAAAAAUUAUUAGAAUUUGACCAUCAUAAGUGAUUUCAGUAACAGUACCACAGAUAUUAUGUUAUGCCACAAAAAUCCAUGUAAAAUAAAAUUCUGAAAUUAAACAUA